AUGUGUAGUCUUGCAGACUUGCACCCAGGCCAGAUAAAGAUCUUUUUGGAGGAUGAAAGUCGCUUUCCACGCUUAACGAAAUCCGCCUUCGGAACAAAGAAACAACCAUUCACUCCACUCGAUCAGCCUCGCUCGUGCGGUUCCACACUACUCGCAUCUCCACCACGACCCCGGCGGUGGCACCGUUCCCCUGCCACGGACAUGUGGGCCCUCAACAUGAAGGCCGGCGGCGACGAGGAAGCCGAGAGCAAAGCAUCCUCUUUCGGAAGUGGUGAUGCAUCUGUUCCAACAGGAGAUCGCUCUGAUGGAUUGAGCGAACCACCUGAUGAAUUAAAAUCCACUGAGCCAAUUAAUAUUUCGAACAGCAAUUACUGGAGAGAUGUCAGAGCAAAUCUUGUGCGUCGGGAACAGGAGCUAUUGGUAGAUCCAAGUGUUCCUGCAGAGUCAAAGGCGUCCUCUGGAGAAGCAGUACACCAGCUUCCUCAGAAGUGGGCUCACCCUAUUACAAUGCCGGAGGCAGGGUGUGUCUUGGUAGCUACUGAGGUGCUCGAUGACGACAGCGUCUUUGAAAGAACUGUUAUUCUCCUGCUCAGACUUGGGUCGAGAGGUACCUUUGAUGGCCCAUUUGGGGUCAUCCUAAACCGUCCACUUUACACGAAGAUCAAGAAUGUGAAUCCAUCAUCAUUCCAAGACCAAACAACCCCUUUCGGCGACUGCGCCCUCUUCUUCGGAGGCCCCGUUGACAUGAGCAUGUUCUUGGUCCGUACUAAAGACAGCUCACGUCUGAAGGGGUUUGAGGAGGUGAUACCAGGCAUCUGCUUUGGCUUUCGAACGGAGCUGGAGAAGGCUGGUGUUCUGAUGAAGAGUGGUGCUAUCAAUACCGAGGACCUGAGAUUCUUCGUGGGGCAUGCAGCCUGGGAUUACGAGCAGCUCCUGAGCGAGAUCCGGGCGGGAUACUGGGCUGUUGCUUCCUGUAGCACAGAGCUGAUCAGCGACGCGGUGUCAACAGAUCCUUCCUGUCUCUGGACCGAGAUACUGCAGCUGAUGGGAGGGCAUUACUCGGAGCUCAGCCAGAAACCGAAGCAAGACAGCUCGUAG